GAAUCUGGAGAGCGCAGAGACAAAGUCCUGGACCUGCAGCCAGCGCUCCACCAUGGGACCCACGGCGCGCAGGGGACGUGCCGAGCCCUCCAGCAGGGACCGUUUGCCUCUUCUCGUUGUAUGUUUGCUUCUGAGGACUUGCGAAGUGAAGGCAGCCAAUGCCUCUAAGCCAAAUAUCCUACUCAUAAUGGCAGACGAUCUUGGCAUUGGGGAUCUGGGUUGCUAUGGAAACGAUACGCUGAGGACGCCGCAUAUCGACUGGUUGGCAGAAGAAGGCGUGAGGCUCACGCAGCACCUGGCGGCCGCCCCGGUCUGCACCCCGAGCCGAGCGGCCUUCCUCACUGGGAGACACGCUUUCAGAUCAGGCAUGGACACCAGCGGCAGGACACGGGUACUGCCCUGGAACGCCUGCUCCGGCGGGCUCCCCGAGAACGAGACCACGUUUGCGAGAAUCCUGCAGCAGCGAGGGUACUCGACGGGCCUCAUAGGAAAAUGGCACCAGGGCGUCAACUGCCACUCGCGCACGGACCACUGCCACCACCCGCUCCGCCACGGCUUCGACUACUUCUACGGCAUGCCCCUGACGCUCAUCAACGACUGCCAGCCAGGCCGGCCCGGGCAAGUGAGCGGCGUCGUGAUGCCGACGCUCUGGCACUACACCCGGCUGAUGGCGCUGGGCGUCCUGACGCUGGGCCCCGGCCGGACCUGCGGCUUGGUCCCGGUACCUCGGAGAGCCGUGGCGGCUGCGGCCGGCCUCGUCGUCCUGUUCUUCGCGUCCUGGUACGCCAGCUUCGGCUUCGUGCGGCGCUGGAAUUGUAUCCUGAUGAGAAACGGCGACGUCGUCGAGCAGCCCAUGGAUCUGGAAAGAACGGCCGGUCGGCUGCUGGAGGAAGCGGUGGCCUACAUCGAGAGAAACCAGCACAGGCCCUUCCUGCUGUUCGUCUCUCUGCUGCACGUGCACCUGCCCCUGGUCACGGCAAGACGGUUCCGGGGGAAGAGUCAGCACGGCCUGUACGGCGACCACGUGGAGGAGAUGGACUGGAUCGUAGGUGAAAUUCUCCGUGCUAUUGAAGAAAACGGCUUGAGAAACAGGACGCUGGUGUAUUUCACGUCCGAUCACGGCGGAUGUUUUGAGAGCACAGACUCCGAGGGCCAGCUGGGAGGAUGGAAUGGAGUGUACCGAGGUAGCAAAGGCAUGGGCGGCUGGGAAGGCGGCAUCCGAGUCCCGGGCAUCCUGCGCUGGCCCGGGGUGCUGUCGGCCGGCCGGGUCAUCGACGAGCCCACCAGCCUGAUGGACGUUUUCCCCACGGUGGUGGAGCUGGCGGGCGGCCAGGUGCCCCAGGACAGGGUGAUUGACGGCCGUAGCCUGCUGCCCUUGCUGCAGGGAGCGACCGAGCGCUCGGCUCACGAGUUCCUGUUUCAUUACUGCGGGAUGUACCUCCACGCGGCACGCUGGCAUGACAAGGACCGCGGAAGACUCUGGAAGGUCCAUUUCAUGACGCCACGGUUGCACCCCGGCGAAGCGGGCACCUGCUACAGCCUCCUCUCGUGCCCCUGUUCCGGGGAGGGCGUCACCCGGCACAGCCCCCCUUUGCUCUUCGAUCUCUCCAGGGACCCUUCCGAGGCCUGGCCCCUGUCCCCAGGCUCCGAGCCCCUGUACCACGCGGUGAUCGCCAGGGUGGACCAGGCGGUACGGGAGCACGAGGAGACCCUGAGCCCCGUGCCCCCGCAGCUGUCCCUCGGCAACAUUCUGUGGAAGCCGUGGCUGCAGCCGUGCUGUGGGACCUUCCCCUUCUGCUCCUGCAGCCCGGACGGCGACCGCGGGGACAUGUGA